AUGGAUGAAGUGCGUCGCCUUACCUACACCACCAAGGUGUACCUGAAAUUGACACGCCAUCACUGUUGCUUCUGACAGAUUCGCAAGAUCCCGCCCGUGACACGGACCCUCGUCGGCGGCGUGCUCGCAGUGACGUUGCCGUGCCUGCUCCAGCUCUUGUCGCCGUACAAGGUCAUCUACGUCCAGGCGCUCGUCUUCAAAAAGUUCCAGCUAUGGCGCCUCGUGACCUCGUUUCUCUACGGAGGAAGUGGACUGCCCCUGCUGUUUGACACGUUCAUGCUCUUCCGUGGCCUCAACGAUCUCGAAGAGAGCCACUUCCAGAGGAGGACCGCCGACUUUGGUACGUCCGUAGGGAGUAUGAUCCUCGCUCUGCUUCGAGCUUUGCCUCUAACGCGCGAAAGGGCUGACACGAUAUCGUGACAUUUCCUCAAUCUCCAGUAUGGGCCUUGAUCAUCAUCGCCGGUGGCGUAAUGGUCAGUCGCGCCCCCACUCUGGUGUGCAUGGCCCCGUCUUUGAAUGACUGACCGACGAGGUUCAUUGGCGAUCAACUGGCAGGGCACGAACUAUCCCCUUCGAACCAUGGUCUUUUUCCGUCCAUUCCUGCUAGCCGUGACCCAUCUCGUGCGUCUGCGCUCUCGGUGCUCCGGCUGACGUGGCGCUUCCGGACCUCCCCUCCCCCACAUGCUGACCGCGCAUCGGCUCGCGACCUUCUCCUGCCUCCACAGUGGGCCCAAACGAAUGCACAGAACAGGUGUGUUAUCGAGCAAUACCUGCGUAUUUGAGUUUGUUGUCAAGACUGAUCUCGAACCCCCCACCCCCAACCCCCAUGUGCAGAGUCUCCCUCUUCGGCAUUAUCAACCUCCCCGCGCCUUACUUCCCCUUUGCGCUCAUUUUGCUGGAUCUCGUCCAAGCCGGUCCUUCGUUGGCGAUACAAUCAGCCACUGGAGUUGUCGCAGCCCACGCCUACUAUUUCCUUGCGGUCGUACGUUCGUGGGUCUGACAAGCUCUCAUCCCACGACCCGUUGAGCUGAGUUUUUAUCCUCUAUUCCGACGCCAGAUCUACCGACGCCAAAACGGGGGUGCAGGUUUGCCUUUCAUGGGUACCCCAAAUUUUUUGGUCCAGCAAUUCGGCAACGGUCCCGAGACUCCUGGCGCCGCCGGAGCGACCUACCAAGCCGGUGGCGGCUGGGGCUUCCGACCUGCGGGAGGCAACCGGUUGGGCGCGACACCUCGACCCCGAGGGGAUGGAGUUCAGGCCACGAGCUCCACUCCGACCGCGAGAGCUGGGACGAGUGCGACAGAAGGGGUCAGGCAUCGUUGGGGAAGCGGUCACAGGCUAG